AAUGUAUGUCAAAGAGUGUCAUUCUUCGUGUAUUUACCGUAUUUACACUAUCCAUCAUUCGUCGAUUAUCGUGAUUAGUGGCUCUUUUCCUCCAGUUUAGUAACUUUUAUUUAUUUACCGUAAUAAUAGUCGAUGAUGACGAAUAGUAACUUUCGCAACUAGAUGCGAUUAGCAAAGAAAAGUGCCCUCGAACUAGCAGAAACGAACCGAAUCAAGGUGUUUGCAGACUACACAAAAUGAACCAGUCGCAGCCCGACAUGGGAGAAUCGGAGCGCUGCGAACCAGGAAGCUGUCAAGAAAGUAUGCUGAUUACUACUGAUAUGAUUGAGGAGUUUUCGCAGGAAAUCAGUAUCAGCUUGGUGCAAGAAAACAAGGAUAACAAUGGCGUUGAUGCAGGUGCUGAUAAGAAAUUUGUGGCUGGUAGCGAGGAGACGACCAGUGGAAGCAUAACUAAAAUUCAGGAUGGGCUGCAGGUUGAUAAGGAUGGCAGCGACGGAACGAUGAGUAAGUCAAGUUCGUUUAGCAGUGCUAAAAGUAGAGACUUGACAGCAUCUUGCACCAGUCUGCUGGACGAAGCAGCGGCGGGGAGUCAGGUCAGUCCGGUUCUGCCGGGCAGUGAGAAUACCGAGACGGAGGAUUACCUGCACGAUUCAACGUUUCUGAACAAGAAGCGACAUGUCUUUAUCCUCAGUUCCGCAGGAAAACCCAUCUACUCGAUGCACGGUAACGAGGACAAAUUGGCGACUCUGUUCGGGGUGAUGCAGGCACUGGUUAGCUUUGUGCAAAGCAACAAUGAUUCGAUCAAAUCGAUUCAUGCAAUGGGUGUAAAAUUUGUAUUUCUGGUGAAAUCGCCCCUGAUAUUGGUGGCAAUUUCAAGGACGAGUCAUAGCGUACAACAGGUACAGCUACAGCUGACUGACGUUUAUAAUCAAAUACUAUCGACGCUUACCUUGAGUCACAUGCAAAAGACUUUCGAGAGGCGAAAGAACUUUGAUCUGCGUCGCUUGCUGGCCGGAAGCGAACGACUGAUCGAUCAUCUGCUGGUGAAUGACAAAUGUGAUCACAGGCUAGUAUCCAACAAUCCCUUCAGUUUCAUGACGCACUCGGUGCGGAUUUUACCACUGCAAUCGAACGUACGGGAAACUAUCAUCGGUGCCAUUCAGACCAAUUGCGCCAAGAUCAAGAACCUGGUGUUUGCAGUAUUAAUAGCCAACAACAAGUUGAUCGCACUGGUCAGGAUGAAGAAGUAUUUUAUUCAUCCGGCUGAUUUGCGAUUGAUUUUUAACUUGAUUGAAUGCUCGGAGAGCUUCAAAUCGGCUGAAAGCUGGACGCCUAUCUGCUUGCCCAAAUUCGACUCGACGGGGUUCCUGCAUGCGCAUGUGUCUUACCUGGCAGAAGACUGUCAGGCCUGUUUGCUCCUUUUGUCCAUCGAGAGGGACGUAUUCUUUGUGUUGUCGGAAGCUAAGAGAAAGAUAACUGACAAACUUCGCCGCUCCAACUGCUUGGAGGCCAUAAACGACGCGAUGAACAACAAGGGCAUCAAACUGCAAAGUAUCGGCAUUCCAGAAAUUCGGCAUUUUAUUUACAAAAGCAAAUCCAACGCUCAGCUGUUAUGUUCUGAGCUGACCGUUCCGUACUCCAGUAUCGAUCAGUUCAAACGACUGGAGGGAAUGUACUUCGAGCUGCACCAUCGUAUACACAAUUCCGGCCGGCCGGUUAAGCUGAUCUACCAAAUGCAGGAAAAGGAAAUCCUCCUGGGAUGGGUUACCCAGGCUUAUGAACUGUUCGCCGCUUUUGAACCGACCGUCCAUCGGAACGAUGUGAUCAAUCUUGUUAAUAAACUGCUAAAGUGGAUCAAAAAGGAAGAAAACAAUCUGUUCAUCCUGUCGGCACCGACCUUCUAGGAGUGUGCGUCCUUUUUCCCUUCGCUCGCGUUGUUUACGUUUGCGGCUCAUCCCAUCAGCAGCACUGGUGGCGAGUUGAUGGGCUGAGCCGAGUUGGGGAAAAAGGUACGCUAUAUUUUACUCUAGAGCAAGGUUUUUUUCCGUACUGAGCGAAUGAUGAACAUCUUUAGAGACGGAUCGCUGGAUACUAGAGGGGAUUUCUUCACGGGAAAUUGCGUUGUUGGACACUACUAGACUAUACAUUUUGAGUAACUUAUGAUGAGGGCUAAAAACUAACAGACAGAAAAUGCUGCGGGGGAAAAUUUCUGACGAGCCCGGCUGUUAAUAGUUAAAAAAUUGAAAUGCUUUCUCUUGCAUCUAGUGAUGUAGUAUAUAAGCUCUGCGAGUAAAGGAACGUUUGAAAUUUUCGCUCAAAGUGAAUUUUUGACCAUUGGCUUUCAGGCCCUUCUCAUAAAUGAUUCGAGAAAUGAUCCCAGGUCUGCAAAUCAAUUAAUGUUUCGUUACAAACAUAACUGCGCUUUUAGUUAGCAUAGGAAUACAAAGAACGCUUAGAGCGAAGAUAGAAAGGAAAUAGUGCAGUGAAUAAUUGUACAUAGAUGUUGUAAACUAUAAAUAAUUCUCUGAUAAUCUUUGCAAACAGAAAUGCUCUGUAGCGAAACAUGGUUUAAAAUAUAUGAAGACUAUAUAACAGAACGCUCAGGCGUAUUCGACUGCUAGCUGUUUCUGUGAAUUA